UACUAGUAGUAGUAGAGUAGUAGUAAAUACUCCACGGUCACUUCUUUCCAUUCACAGUCAACGGUCUUGUUCCAAAAUCGACCAUGAAUCCCGAAUACGAUUACCUUUUUAAACUGCUCCUUAUUGGAGACUCCGGUGUCGGAAAGUCCUGUUUGUUGCUUCGAUUUGCCGACGACACGUACACGGAAUCGUACAUUUCGACCAUUGGAGUCGAUUUUAAAAUCCGCACCAUUGAGCAGGACCAAAAGACGAUCAAGUUGCAGAUUUGGGAUACGGCUGGACAAGAACGCUUCCGGACCAUCACCUCCAGUUACUACCGCGGAGCUCACGGCAUUAUUGUCGUUUACGACGUGACGGACGCCGAAUCCUUCAACAAUGUCAAGCAGUGGUUACACGAAAUUGACCGAUACGCCGCGGAGAACGUCAACAAAUUGUUGGUCGGUAACAAGUCCGACUUGACCGCCAAGCGUGUCGUAUCCACCGAGCAGGGCAAGGAAUUCGCCGAUUCGUUGGGCAUUGAAUUUUUGGAGACUUCCGCCAAGACCUCUUCGAAUGUUGAACAGGCAUUUUUGACCAUGGCUUCUCAGAUCAAGGCCCGAAUGAAGACGCAGCCUUCGGCCGCCGGUGCACAAGCUGGCAAAGGAGGAGUCUCGCUGCGCUCGCAACAGGUCAAGAACAAGGAAGGAUGCUGCUAAACUAGGUGUAUGUUUAGAGCAGAGUAGAAGGCGACCGCCGUCUACAGAAUGCCAGGACGGUUUCCAUUUUUGAAUGGUUGGGCCUGGUCUGGAGAGAAAAAUAAAUUUGUCGUAGCAGAUUGGCAUCGUUUGAACGAUGGUAACCGAAAGUAUGGAACCCUUUUUAUUAUUGUG